AUGAACGCCGCUGCCUACCGCCGCCGCGUCUCCCAAUUCCUCUCUCACCACGACGCUGCAGCCGGGCUUCACGGCUUCCACCUCUCACUCAACAACGAAAUUCGGGCCCUUGAGGAUGAUGAGGCAUUCGUGGAGGAAUGCGUGCUCUACGCCAUCAAUCAAGGUGUUCAAUCCCUCCGACUCCACGACCUAACUCUGAGCCUUCCCACUGCGGUUUUCACCUCGACGACGCUGCGGGAGCUUGAGCUCAGGCAGAGAGACGCCAGGAUUUAUGUACCGGGACGGUUUUCUUUGCCAAAUUUGAAAACCCUUUACCUUGAAGCCUUUAAUUUGAAUUUCAGUUCUGAUCAAGGGAAGGAGCUUUGUUCUGGUCUCCCAGGGCUCGAGAAGCUUUCUCUGCGAGGGUUUACGAUGCCUGGACUUGUUUUAAAGGCUCCCAAGCUUAGGGUUCUUGAAAUCCUUGAAUCUAAUUCUCUUAUUAUCCAAGAAAUUUCGGCUCCAUUGCUUACCGCGUUUCGAUACAAGGGCUAUUCACCUUUGGAGUGUUUGAUGAUGAAUCUCCCAAUGUUGGAGGAAGUCUAUGUAGACAUUCAGAAAGAGAAAGGAUUGCAACUGCAAUGUGUUAGAAUGCUUCAACAACUUGGAAAUGCUACCACUAUUUCAUUGACUUUGGACACUCUUGAGGGAAAUAAAGCGCUCAAGGAAAUCACGGUGCGGUGGUUCGAGAAGCUUGCAGUUUCAAACAACAAUUACCAUACAUUCAUGUGA